AAGGUUGUAAAAAUGAAAAUGAUUAAGAUCAAUUCGUGAUAAAAUUAAUAUCAAUAAGUUAUAAAAUAUUGCGCAUAGGCAAAGGUUUUAAGGGGAAGUGCUUGCACCGUUCAGAGUUUUGUCUCCUAGUGUUAUUGAACAGUUGGUGGGGCUGUAGCUGAUAAAGUAGGACGGAAUAAAGCAGCACGGGUCUCUCUAGAUCUUAUCUAUAAAUGAUUUUUGAAGUUCCAAAUUUUUAUCAAUGGUUUCCAGAAAAACAAUGCUCCCUUAUCUUUUAUUGGUGCUUUUAGCACACGCCAGAUGGGUAAGCACAGCAGAUCUAGCAAAUUGUUCACUAGUUAAAAACAUAUUCAUUUUAGCCGGGCAAAGCAACAUUUCCGGUCGAGGCGGCGUGAUUAAUCACUCUAACCGCCCCGGCGUGGCUAAUGAGACGUGGGAUGGUGUCAUCCCACAUGAAUGCGAGGCCAACCCAUCAAUCCUCCGACUCAGCGGAGGACUUAGAUGGGUUGAGGCUCAAGAACCCCUUCACAAAGACAUAGAUGUAAACAACACUUGUGGGAUUGGUCCAGGGAUGCCAUUUGCCAAUACAGUUUUGAAGAGGGAUCCAAGUGUUGGAGUGAUUGGGUUGGUUCCUUGUGCUGUUGGAGGAACGAGUAUUACCGAGUGGGCUCCUGGGGGUUUUCUUUACAAGCAGAUGAUAAAGAGAACAAAGGCGGCCAGUCGAUGCGGUGGAAGGGUAAGGGCAUUAUUGUGGUACCAAGGUGAGAGUGAUACAAAGACACUUGAGGAUGCCAAAAUGUAUAAGCGCAGAUUGGAGAGCUUCUUCAAGCAUGUGCGCCAUGAUCUGCAAUUACCUACUCUCCCUGUGAUUCAGGUGGGAUUGGCAACAGCACUAGGGCCAUACAUGGAGUUGGUGAGGAAAGCUCAGCGAGAAAUUAAUGUUGGGAACGUGAGAUAUGUGGAUGCCAAAGGGCUCCAGGUUGGGCCAGAUUAUGUGCACCUUACAACUGCUGCACAAAUUCAGCUUGGACAGAUGCUCGCUGAUGCCUUCCUUCGCAUUUAGUCAGUGGUGCUUCUUCCUCUUUAGACUAAUAGUACUGCUGGUUUGUGACUCUAUAAAGAAAUUGGGUCAGCUGAAAAAUGCAAAUUAUUUCACAAGAAAUCUUCAAGGAGCAAACUAGCCCUUGUUAUUCAGUUUUUCCAGAUGGAACCAUUAUUUGUGUUUUCCAUAUCCGACGCUUUGCUUUUAUCAUAAUUGCUUACAUCUUGAUAGAUUGUUCUAGUAGUAUUCAUGUAGUUUUCUCAAUUGGAGAACUCUUAAAGAUUGUUGAAUAAUAUCUCAGAGUUAUAAUAUUAAAAGUGCGCAAGUGGUUUUGGUACUAA